GAUACGGCGGCCGAUCGAACCCUUUCGAUGAUCGCAAUGGCGACGGCGCCAACGACGGAGGUUAUGCACGCGGCUUACCAUCUGGUCCAGGAGCUGGCGCUCGCAACAAUGGCUACGGAGGCGGAGGGUACGACGACAAUCAAUACGGCAGCAACGUCGAAAUGGCGUCUCUGUCCCAAAACACCACCACCUUUGGUGCCUCAAAUCCCAAUGCACUUUUGAAUGAGUGUGCAGACAUCGGCCGGGGAAUCGACACCAUCGACAAGAACCUACAGCAGAUGAGAAUGCUGCAAGAUCGAUCACUCAACGAAGCCGACAGCUCAGCAUCGGGUACCACACGUCAGUUGGACUCUCUCAGCAGCGAGACCAUGGCUCACUACCGCACAUUGGUUGACCGCGUCCGCGUGCUCAAGAGCAACCCGGAGAGCCAAACACCCAAGAACUCGCCACAAGUCCAACGCAUUGACCGUCGACUAAAGGAAGCGAUCAAUGCAUACCAGCAAGUCGAGUCUCAGUUUCGCAAGAAGAACCAGGACCAAAUGGCGAGACAGUACCGAAUUGUACGACCAGAUGCAGACGAAAGCGAGGUCCGGGCUGCCGUGGACGACCCCACAGGCGGCCAAGUCUUCCAGCAGGCUCUCAUGCAGAGCAACCGGCGCGGCCAGGCCCAGUCUGUCCUGAGUGCCGUCCAGGACCGACACGCUCAGCUCCAAAAGAUCGAGCAGCAGUUGAUCGAGUUGGCACAGCUCUUCCAGGACAUGGACACUCUCGUCGUUCAACAGGAAGAGCUCGUCACCAACAUCGAGCAAAAGGCGGAGGAGACAGUUGAGAACUUCGACAAGGGCAACGAAGAGAUUGGUACAGCUAUCACCACCGCCAGGGGGACACGAAAGAAGAAGUGGAUCUGCCUGGGAAUUGUUGUUGCUAUCAUUGUCGUCAUUGUAGUGAUUGUCGUUGUAUACAUGUUAGUUACCAAGGGAACAACAUCGUCAACGACCAACAAGCGCGAUAUCAAGGCAACUCUACACCGUGGAUCAUUGGCUGGCCGCACGCCACAACUCGUCACUGAAAGAGAAAACGCAGAUGAUAUUGUAGCGCGCUUUAUCGAGGACACUCUGCAGCAAUCCGAAAAACGCGACAUCAAGCUGUUCCGUGGCGAAACCGCCCGUCUUCACGCCCGAUCGUGGAAAGAUGCUCGAAUCGUCGACAGUUCAGGCAAGACGGUAUCAGAAGAGAUGAUAUCGUAAUUAACUACGAAGCCUCCCUGAUCUCACUCAACCGCACAAGACGCCGUUACACUCGUGCCCAAACAGGUUGCUCUUGGCGUCGUUAUUA